UUGAAAUUUGAUAAAAGUUUUUCCUUCAAAUCAUCCAGCCCUGCAUAAGAUUGCCCCACAAUGCUUUUUGUUUCUUUCGGCAAUGAUCUGUUGCCGAAACUUUGUAAUUGUGAAGGGGACGUACCAUACGCUACAAUACUAGAUGAAGGCACAUUAGCUCCUAUUGAAGUUCCACUUAAUCGGCUAUAACCAUUGUGAAGGUGUGGAGCCGAAUAAUGAAUAUCGCUAGUUGCAUAAGGUGCCGAGAAAUCCGUAACAUGAGGUGUAGCAUAUGAAGGUUGCGAGUAACCGUCCAAAUAGCUAGUAGUAGCAUGGCCGAUUCCCACAUCCAUCGGUAUAACUGUAGGUGCACCCACAUGUUAUGAGUCACUUGCCGAUGAAUAAAACGAUGAAACACUCCCUUGCAUGUUAUAAAAAUUUCUAGCAUUGGGUGUUUCAUAUUGAUUAAUUGAACUCAUCAUGGUAUUCAUCAGCAUAUGAAUUUCUGGGAUUGCCGAUGCAUGAGAAUUCAAUUUUACAUGUCGCAAGUUGCUAGGAUAAAAAGUUGCAGCACGGAGAUUAUUUUCCAUCGGCUCUUGCAAAUAGUUAAAACUAGGGCUAGCCGAUACGGUACUCUUAUCAAAGGAUCUAGCAACAUCAACAUAAGAGUACUUUGCAUCUACAUAAGGAGAUUGAAGAUUCAUGUUCCCGUUGUAGAUUGCAACCUCUUAAUGACGCUCUCCUCGUAGCAAGAACAGGCUGGAGACCUUUCGAUUCGAAGCAUCAUCCCCAGAGGAAUCGCCAAAAAGUGUGUUCGUCCGUGUACCCUCGGCGCCGAGCGCGAUAUGCGGCAGCACGCGCCGAGGGAGGCUCACCGGAAGCGCGAUCCGCAAGACAGUCCAGCGGGCACUUUUCUUGACCCGAAACCCCACUCGCCCGGGAGGGACCCCGUCAGGGCGGAGCGGCGGCUAUGGGCUGCCCUAGGUCGGCCUGACCGCCCCUAGGGCCUCGUGGAUUCGCUACCCUCUAACUUGAAGAGCGACGAAGAACGAGAAGAAAGAUACAUGGGAGAAAGAUAAAAGUAGAUGAAGUAGGAGAUGUGUUUGUUCGAUUGGUGUUGUUACAAUCGGCCAUCACCCUUCAUGUAUAUAAAGGGUGGCUGGACUUCCCGUGCAAGAAAGAGGUUUGGAUUCACGCCCAAAACCCUAAUUUGGCUCCAAUUCGGAUUAUUUGGUCCAAACUUUUCAUAAUUGUUUCAUCAAAAACCUGGCUGUACCGUCCAGACCCGUUUUGUGGUAGUAAACGACCUCAGAUCAAGAUGAUUCCAAAAUAAAAGUUGUUCGCCUCCAAAAACUGUAAAACUUUCAGUUUUACAACUUUUCAAUUCGAGUUGAAUUUGACCUUUUUUUUAUCUGUUUCCAACUUUGGCCGAAGCCUGCAGGACAAGUUUUUCUGAACUUAGAGGACAUGUGCUCCAUAAUCUGAGAUCUUAUUUUGGCCACAACAACCGCAUAUGACCCUGGAUUGACAUGAUCCAAAAAUCAAAGUUUCUUGUCUCGACGAGAUGCACAACUUUAAUGUUGGACAUUUCUUCAUUUGAUGCAAUUUUGAUGGCGUCCACUUGUAAGUCAAAAACGGUUGUCAACACAACCUUCAUCUGCAACGCUUCUUUCUGUUUUUCUCGUGCCCAUCUCUUUCACCUCCAAUGGUAGAGGACAGAUCUAUCGCUAACCAGAGAAAACUGUACACACCAUCCAAAUCACAAAUAACUAUACACUAAUGAACAUGUCAAUCGUCCGUCCAACACAGUUGCCAGUGCACAUAUCAAACACUUCUCUGAUCAAUCAAGGGCAAAAAUUGCACUAGUCUCUAUCAACAAAUGACUUUACUAAUCAAUUUCUCUUGAAUCAAAUAAUCCUAACAAUGAUGCAAACUAAUAAAUUUUUUCACGAUGAGCUCAUGGAUGGCCAGGGCAGGACCUCCUUUGAUAGGGUCGACAAAGCGUAUCCAAAGUGCCAGCAGAGCCAAGGAAGAUCUUUUCUGUUUCUUCCUCUAAUUAAACUUGUCACUGAGUUAUUAAGAGUCUUUUGUUUGGACCAAAUGAAUGUGUGGAAACAGCUUUUAAUUGCCACAGUAGCACCUACCGACCAGAGCAUACCAGCCACACUCUCUGGAUGUUGAGUUUCCAGGAACAGCAGCGCCGGCUCCAUCAUGAGCGGUGCACCGGGGUACAAUACAAUGCCAGGCAUGUCAAUUAUUCUCGCAAUAGAUAUAGCCAAUGCAUUAUUUGAUUGGCUGAUUAGCAGUUUGUUCCAUUCGCUGGUUCUCUCUCUCUCUAGAAAUUUCCUAGCUGCUUCCCUCCUCCGGCCUUCCUGGCCUCUCUAGUUAUAUAUCUGCCUCUCUCUCUCCCAGCCUACAAAUAGGCAAUAACAUCUUGUUUGCUCAUAAGAGAUAGUAGUACUUGAUCAGUGUACUACUGUAGUGUCAAGCAUAUUCGGGUAAGUGAGCUCUGAGAAUAUAUAGUGUACUAGUGUACUGUCAAGCACUCGAGCUAAGCAAGGCUAGAUCUUGUGAAAACUUUUGUCCAAGCAAUUAAAGAUGGUUAAGCAAAAGAUUGUCCUCAAGUUGCAAGCGGAUGAUGAGAGGAAGAGGAGGAAGGCCUUCAAGGCUGCCGUUGGGAUAGCAGGUGUGACAUCCGCGACGAUGGAGGGGGAUAAGAUGAUAAUCGUCGGUGACGGCAUCGACCCGAUCUCACUGACGACGAUGCUCCGCCGCCGCCUGGGCCAUGCCGAGCUCCUCAGCGUGUCGUCCGGCGAUGACAAGAAGAAAGAUGGCUACGGCGCCGCCUAUGGGGCAGAAAAGAAGAAGGACGGCAGCGGUGGCGGCGGCGGCGGUUACCAUCAGAAUGCGGUGGCGCCGAUUCCGUGCCCUGCGUACCAGCAGCAAUACAACGCCAUGCCGUCUUACCCUGCCUACUCCUGCCCUCCUUAUCAGCGGGAGGAACAGGACCCGGGCUGCAGCAUAAUGUAGGCAGGUGUCGAUCGAGAAGAGAAAUAUAUGCUGGGGACGAGAUUUAAGACUUGGGUUCGGGCCACGCUAGAAUGCUAGAUGGCCUGGGCCUGGGCUGACUGAUCAAGCAAUGAUGAAGCAACAUGUGUACUGUAUACAGGUUAAGUCGUCAGGAACGGUGGUUUGUAAUGUUCAGGCUUUCAGCUCCGUGUAGUAGUAGUUCGUGGUCUGUACUGUAAUCUCCAGCUCCAGAAGUGCUCUGCGUGAAAUUAUAGACGAAAACUGCACUAGUCCCUAUCGACGAAUGACUUUACUA